AUGUCUCCUGUCUACGAUCUUCAAAUCAAUCUCAAUGGUCAAUACAAUUUCUUCCUCAACCAGGAUGUGAUUUCAAAGUACUGUGGAAGCUUGAGGAAGAUGAUAAAACAGAGCAAAAAGAAGGGAAACAAGAAAUCGAAACCUCCAGAGAUCAUCACUAUCGAGAUUGAUGAUUUUCCAGGUGGACCAGAUGGGUUCGAGCUGGUUUCAAGAUUCUGUUACAGCAACGGAGAAAUCUCUAUCGACGUCUCAAACGUUUCGACUUUGUACAGUUGCUCUGUUAUUCUAGGCAUGACAGAGAAGUUAUGUUCCUCUAAUCUCUUGUUUCAGACAGAGAAGUUUCUAAGAGAAGUGUUGUAUGGAUCUUGGAACGACAUCCUUUUGUGCCUCAAGAACUGCGAGCAAGUAUUCCUCCACGCUGAUUCGUAUGGUCUCGUCGACAAACUCAUCUUCGCAGCUUUGACCAAGAUCUCUCGGAACUCGGACGUGUUUUCUUCUUCUUCUCUGUCUUCUUCCUUUGCUUCUUCUCUUUCUCCUGAGAUGGCCAAGAACACGCCGGAAUCAGACAAAAGGUCUGUUUCUUGCGGAAGAAGUAACGAGUGGUGGUUCGAAGAUAUGUCGAGUCUCUCCCCACGGAUCAUCUUGAAGCUGAUAAAGAUCACUGGAGCUUACAAAACCAACAUAAAAAGCUUGGUCCUAACCAAGUUUAUUCUCCAUUACCUCAAGACAAAACUCCAAGACAAAUCAGAGGUUAUGAGGAACAAGCUAGAGUACUCUGAUUUAGCUGAUAAAGCGGUCAAAGGAGUGGUUUUGGCUGGGGAAAACGCGUUUUCUUGCAGGAAACUCUUCUGGGUUCUUAGGGUUUUAUCAAGCUUUAGCCUAAGUAGAGAGUCAAGAAGCGGUUUAGAAACCCUAAUUGGAGAAAUGCUGGAUCAAGCAACACUUGAUGAUCUUCUGAUAUCUGCAAGAGGUGGAAGCAGAGAGAGUGGAUUCUACAAUGUUGAUCUCGUGAUAAGAUUACUAAGAGUGUUUGUGAAGAAGAGAGAAGAAGAAGAAUCAAGAGAGCAGGAUAUGAAAGAAAUUGGAAGAUUGAUUGAUAAGUAUUUGAGAGAGAUAUCUCCAGAUCAGAAUUUGAAAGUAUCCAAGUUCCUUGGAGUUGCAGAGAGUUUGCCUGAUUCAGCUAGAGAUUGCUUUGAUGGAGUUUACAGAGCCAUUGACAUCUAUCUACAGUCUCACCCGAACCUAACACCACAAGAUCGAACAAAGAUAUGUCGUUGUCUCAACUACAAGAAACUAACAAUGCAGACGUGCAGACAGCUCGCCAGAAACCCUAAGAUUUCUCCAGAUAUCGCCGUUCAAGCACUCAAGUCGAAAUGUGACAAUCAAGCAAACAAAAUUCCCGAUGUGAAAGUUGCAAAUAAGAGUUUUUCUUGUAGAUAUUCAGAAGAGAAGAAGCCUGUGUUGUUGCAUCUCAAAGGCUUUGAGAUAUCAGAGAAAAUAGCCGAGAGGUUAGCGUCUAGAGGAAGGUAUAAUUGGAGUGUUGUGGAUAGUUUCAGAGAAGGUUUGUGA